GCUGGUAGGUAUGCCUUUUCUUUUCAUUUGAAAAUGGCAAUUCAACUCCAACUGUAGAUAAGUUAUUUUUGUUUUCGUCGUUGUGUAUCUGUAAAAAUUAACUUGAUUUGGUACGAAGUUAGUUUGUUUUGAUUGCUUUUGUCUUUUGUGAAGUAUUUUAUUUAAGUGUUGCUAAAUGAACACGAAACAAGCUGCUAAAUUUGAUGGAAUUGACGAUUUGAGAACAAAUGUAAAGUUCCUUGAAUUGAUCAAGAAAUAUGAGUGUUUGUGGAAGCACGAUUCACCGAAUUACAGAAAGAAAUCAGUAAAACACAAAGCAUGGAAAGAAAUAGCAAAAGUUUGCAAAAACUCAGUACUUAGAUGCCGUAAACGUUGGAGAUACAUUCGACAAACGUACUCACACUAUACCAGAUCAAAUUUGCCUGAAUACUAUUUGUCACCUUAUGUUGAUUUUGUAAAACCAUAUAUUAAAUUACCUCCAUGUCAAAAUCAAAAUGAACCGGAUAGCUUGGAAACUCCAAUAGAAAUGGAAAAAGUUGAUACAGAAACUAAUUUGGAACUGCAAUUUUUGGAACUUAUUGAAGGAACAGGCGAAAAAGAUAACAGUACUAAAAAAGAUGAAACUAUAAUUCACGUACAAGAUGUAAUCGCAGUUUCAAGUUCAACCGAUAGUAAACGUAAGAGAGACACCGAUGAUAAAAAUGAUCCACAAUCGGCGGCCAAACUUUCAAAGAAGGAUUCUGAGCAAAUGUGCGUUAAAACCAAUUGGAUGUUUUUGGAAAGCACUCUAACAUUUGUAGAUGAAAUGAGUAAAAAACAAAUCCUCCGAUUUAGACGAAAAGCAAUGAUGCUUCUUAAUGAUAUCUUACUAAACGAAAAAAAUCAAUAAUCUUGAAAAAAAAUAAGACAUUAAAAAAGGAAA